UGUUUAGUGGCGCGCAUGCGCAGUUCUCCAUGGCGGCGCUGCCUUCGCGGCGGAGGCCUUUUGUCCUGGCGGGGCCGCCGUCACCGCUGCCUACAUCCAUCCAUCCAUCCAUCUUGUCUCCCUUGGAGGCGGCGGAGGCGGCUCUCUUCUGGACCCGAAGUGGAGGAAGCCGGGCGGAGAUGGUCCUUAGAGCCAAAGGAACCAUUUGAGGAAAGAAGCCAGAGACCUCUUUGACCCUCGGUGGUUAUGGCAGGGGGAAGACGGGGGCCUAACCGGACGUCCUACUGCCGCAACCCUCUCUGCGAAAGCGGAGCUGCUGGGGGCACCGGUCAUUCCACUAGUUCUUCCGUCACCAGCGUCCGCUCACGCACCAGGAGCGGUUCAGGGACAGGCCUUUCCAGCCCUCCUCUGGCGACCCAGACGGUGGUUCCCCUCCAACACUGCAAGAUCCCGGAGCUGCCCACCGAGAGAAGCGUCUUGUUUGAACUUCAGCUCUUCUUCUGCCAUCUGAUUGCCCUCUUCGUCCACUACAUCAACAUCUACAAAACCGUGUGGUGGUAUCCACCGUCCCACCCUCCCUCUCAUACCUCAUUGAAUUUUCAUCUCAUUGACUUCAAUGUCCUAGCGGUGACUACCAUUGUUCUGGCACGGAGGUUGAUUGGUGCUGUCAUGAAGGAGGUGAAGGAGGCUUCUCAUACCAGCAAAGUCUCCCUGCCACGCUGCAUUUUCCUGGUGGUCACUUGUUUCCCUGUCCUUACUGGGGCUGUUUGGAGUCUCGCCAGGUCAAUAAUCCACCUCUUCACGACAUAUUCUCUCCUCAACCUCUUGUUCUUGUGCUAUCCGUUUGGCAUGUACGUCCCCUUCCUGCAGCUAAAUUGUGACUUCCGCAAAACCGGCCUCUUCUCCCAAGUAGCCAACAUUGGCCCUCGGGACACCGGCGACGUUGGCUCAAGAGGAAAAGACUACCUGUCAGUCCUCAAGGAGAGCUGGAAGCAGCACACCCGGCAGCUCUACGGCAUGGAGGCCAUGCCCACCCAUGCCUGCUGCCUCUCCCCGGAUCUGAUCCGCAAUGAGGUGGAAUAUCUGAAGAUGGGCUUCAACUGGCGCAUGAAGGAAGUGCUGGUCAGCUCCAUGCUCAGUGCCUAUUAUGUGGCAUUCGUGCCAGUCUGGUUUGUAAAGAAUACUCAGUAUUAUGACAAAAGGUGGUCAUGUGAGUUGUUCCUCUUGGUCUCCAUCAGCACCUCUGUCAUCCUCAUGCAACAUCUCCUGCCGGCCCGUUACUGCGAUCUCCUCCACAAGGCCGCAGCACAUCUGGGCUGCUGGCAGAAGGUCGACCCGGCCCUUUGCUCCAAUGUGUUGCAGCAUCAGUGGACAGAGGAAUGCAUGUGGCCACAGGGAGUGCUGGUGAAGCACAGCAAAAACGUUUACAAAGCCGUGGGCCAUUACAAUGUGGCGGUGCCUUCAGAUGUCUCCCACUUCCGGUUUCAUUUCUUUUUCAGCAAACCUCUGCGGAUCUUGAACAUCCUGAUCCUGCUGGAAGGGGCUGUCAUCUUCUACCAGCUCUACUCGCUGAUCAUGUCGGAGAAGUGGCACCAGACUAUCUCGCUGGCCCUGAUCCUCUUCAGCAACUACUAUGCCUUUUUCAAGCUCCUGAGGGACCGACUGGUGCUGGGGAAGGCCUAUUCGUACUCCGCUUCCAGAGAGACUGAUCCGAAGCUCAAUUGAAGGCCUCACACUUAACAAAUGCAAAAAAGAGAGAGUGUGUGUGUGAUGGGGGUGAGCAAAAAGGAACCAGCCCUGAGCUUCUUUGGGGACAAGGCAGCCUGAGGCAUUCUUGCCCUGUUCCCUUUACAGCACCUGCAAAACACCACACUGCUGGAGAAUUGUCCCCCAGGAGAUCUCACAGGAUCGCAGAGGUGGAGGAGGAAAGGGCUUGAGCACAGCAUGGCACUUGAGGAGCAUGCAGUCAGGCCGGCCCUGAGCUUUGUAUAUCUGUAUUUUUGUUUUUGUUUUGUUUGUUUUUUACCUCUGCUUUGGUUUUUGGUUUUGGUUUCUUUGAUAACUGGUAUGACAAGGAAAAUAUCUUAUUUUUGUACUCUUA